GCCCUAAAGAUUGACACUUCGAGGAAAGGACUAAAACCUAAGUUCAAAAUGUUGUGGAUUUUGAGGCCUUUUACAGCACUGCUCUUUCUCGCCUAUUCACAAGCGGAUGAUGAUGAUGAUAUUCGAGCUGGCUGUAGCACAGCAGUUAAUGACCUGGUCUACAUCAUUGAUGGCUCCUGGAGCGUUGGAGAUCAAGACUUCGAAACGGCCAAGCGCUGGUUGAUCAAUGUCACAAGUGGCUUCGACGUGAGUUCACACUACUCACAGGUGGGUGUAGUACAGUACAGUGACACCCCGAGAUUGGAGAUCCCACUUGGUGUUCACAAGACCACUCCUGAACUUAUUAAAGCCAUCAAGGACAUCAGCUACUUAGGUGGAAACACGCAGACAGGCCGUGCCAUCAAGUUUGCCGUAGACCACGUCUUUGCAUCCUCACAGCGGAGUGACGUGAAGAACCGCAUUGCCGUGGUCGUGACCGAUGGAAAGUCGCAGGAUGACGUUGCUGACUCCAGCGUGGAGGCAAGGGACCAGGGGAUCAAACUUUUUGCGGUGGGUGUGGGAACGGAGAUCACAACGUCAGAGCUUGUGACCAUUGCCAACAAGCCUGCAGGUGACUACUUGCUUUAUGCGGAGGACUACACCAAUAUCGACCGCAUUCGUGACGCCAUGGAGCAAAAGCUCUGCGAGGAAUCUGUAUGUCCCACACGUAUUCCUGUGGCUUCCCGGGAUGAGAAAGGCUUUGAGCUGAUGUUGGGAAUGAAGAUCCAUAAGAAGGCUAAGAAGAUACAGGGCUCAUUAGUGUCCGAGACAGCCUAUCUGCUAGACAAAAACAUUGAUGUUACUGAAAACACAAGGGAAAUCUUUCCAGAAGGCCUUCCACCAUCCUAUGUGUUUGUGGCAACUGUGAGGUUGAGAGGGCCCUCGAGCAGGGAAAAGUUUGAUGUGUGGAGGGUGCUGUCUAAAGAUGGACAGGUCCAGGCUGCUGUCACACUAAGUGGAAAGGACAAAUCUGUCAGCUUCACAACCACCAACACGCUAAAUGGCCAACAGAUCAUUACUUUUGAUAGAGACAUUGAGAGACUUUUUGAUGGAAGCUGGCACCAGUUGAAGGUUCUGGUAAGACCCGUACGUGUCACCUUUUUCCUGGAUGACGAGCAGAUUGAGGGCAAAGCUCUGGAAACUGUUGUGCCCAUCUACAUCAAUGGGAAAACUCAGAUAUCCAAACGCUUUGGGUCUGAUGCUACACUUUCUAUAGAAAUCCAGAAACUGAGACUUUAUUGUGAUCCACAGCAAAGUGAGAGAGAGACAGCAUGUGAAAUCUACUCUGUGGAUGAUGAAAGGUGCCCUUUGGAUCGUAAGCCCACCAACGACACAGAAGAAGAAUGUGACUGCAAUCAAGGGCAGCCAGGACCACCUGGGCCAGCAGGACCUCCAGGACUAAAGGGUUCCCGUGGUGAGAAGGGACAGGAAGGGUCUCCGGGCCCAGAUGGUAAGACUGGACCCCCAGGGAAAACAGGAGAGCCUGGAGAGCCAGGCAAACAUGGACAGAAGGGUGACAAAGGUCUACCAGGGCUAAAGGGUGAUCCAGGACUUAAAGGUUUGAAAGGUGAACGUGGAAGACAAGGGUUGCCAGGGAAACAAGGCCUGCCAGGACCUAUGGGACAGGACGGGAAGAAAGGUGAACAAGGACCUCCCGGAGAGCCUGGUCCAAAGGGGGAAUCUGGAAACCCCGGCAGUAAAGGACCACCUGGCUUCAUGGGACCAAAGGGAGAAAAAGGAUAUGUUGGAUUGCCAGGUACAGAUGGACCACAAGGAGUGCCAGGUAUCCGUGGGCUUCCUGGUGAGGCGGGGCCAAGCGGACCACAGGGGCCAAGAGGACCACACGGCCUUAAAGGUUCACCUGGACCAAAAGGAUCUUCAGGCACGCCAGGACUCGUAGGGCCCUCCGGAGCUGAUGGACCUGUCGGCCCCAAGGGUUGUGCAGGUGAUAAAGGAGAUAUGGGUAUUCCUGGUGCUCCAGGUCAAAAGGGUGACAAGGGUGAAUCAGGGUUUCCAGGACUUCAAGGUGCUAUGGGCCUUCCUGGAUUUAAAGGACACAAGGGAGAGAGAGGGGUAGCUGGUUCCAAAGGCAUUCAGGGUCAGAAAGGCAACAAUGGGUUACCUGGAGCAACUGGCCCUCCAGGCGAAGUUGGACCCAAAGGUAGCAAAGGAGAGAAAGGUAUUCCAGGUGACGCUGGAGUCAAAGGUACAGACGGAAAGAAAGGGGACAUGGGGCACAUUGGCAUUAUCGGCCCACGUGGGAUUCCGGGUCAGGAUGGAUCAACGGGGCAACCUGGCAUUCCAGGCAAUCCAGGAAAACCUGGUAAACCUCCAUCUGAUGAGUAUUUGAUUAAACUCUUUGGGGACGUUUUGAGAAAUCAGCUGCUCGAGCUACUGCCGAUAAUGGUGCCACAGUUUUCUUGCGAUCCCCCUAAAACUGUUAAAGGACCCCCGGGACAGCCUGGAGCUCCAGGGCCUAAAGGUUCCUGUGGGCCUCCUGGUUAUUCCGGCAGACCUGGCUCUCAGGGCUACCCAGGACCCCCGGGCAUCCAAGGGCCCCCAGGACUCAAAGGAGACAGAGGUCUGCCUGGAUUUAAGGGCAAUAAAGGAGAGAGCAGGCCAGGACACCCAGGACCUCCAGGGGACACAGGGAUCCAGGGUCCGCCCGGUAGUGAUGGCAUUGGUAUUCCAGGUCCUACAGGAAUACAGGGUAAAUCCGGGAUUCCAGGUGUUCCGGGGAAGCAAGGUCCUCCUGGGCCAGCCGGUGUGUGCGACAUGUCCAUCUGCUACCAAGCCUACAACCUCAGGAGAGAACACUACAGUAAAGGGCCUGAUUUCUAACACACACUCAGGAAACACAUGGGCUCAGCUUGCAGGUCACCAGAAGUGUCACAGUAAAUCCACAGGAAUUGAUUGACGUGCCUUAGGACUUUAUCUGCGCACUGACAUGAUGCAGUGUUAUAUCAGCAGUCUUCAGAUAAAAUUAUGGACAUUAUAUUAGCAUUUCAAGAAGAGAGUUUUUGUUAACAACAUAUGUUUGGGCAACAAGUAGAAUAGAUGUAAAAUAUGUCUGGUAUGGUAAUAUGUGUGAAUGGAUGGUAAUAUGCCAUAAAUGUGUCAGGAACAUGCAUAUCGGUAUGACUUAUUAAUACCAAAUAAUUGCAUAAUUGAAUAUCAGAGACAGCGCAAAUUUAUCAUAGCUUAAUGUUGAAACCUUUUAUUGUAUUACUUUCGAAGUUCCCUAUAUGUGUGCAAUAACAAAAAUGUACCAAACCUUUACAUUCGCAAAAAAUAGGUAGUGCAUAUUUGGCAGUUAAUUGAAGUAACAAGUUUUAUUUAUUACUUCAAUGACUGGCAUUAAAAAUAACAUGGCCUCUAGAAAUCUAUACAUUUCCAUUUGUUUGCAGGAAGUCCUUGUGAUUUGUCCGGAAAGAUUUAGUCUGAAUAACUAAGUCUCAACAACAAUCAUAGUUGCUUAUUGAACUGAAUAAUUGAUUCUGGUUAGAUCCAGAACAACAAUUGAAGAGCCGCUAAACACCACCUACGUCAAACAUGGGAUAAUAAUAUUAACCAAAUGAUCACAGUAUGGAUUUUACGUUUAUCAAAUACCUUCGUCCUAUCAAUUUUUUCUUUGCUUAAAGUCUUAAAGGAACAGUAUGUAUGAAAUUUAUAUCAAUUAAUCAUAAAAUGGCCCUGAUAUGUCACUAGACAUUAAGAAAUCAUUUUCAUUUCAAAUACUUAUAUCACUGACAACAGUGGUCCGGCCAGGAUAUUGUCAUGUAAAAAGUGGAGUUGCAGCCCUCAUUGAUGUUUAUGUUGUCAUUUUGGGUAUUGGCCACCAGCUGUGUGAUUGCAGUACCAGUUUUAGCCACAAUCCUACAUACUGCUCCUUUAAAUAUGGGUAUUUUUCUUUAAAAAUAAAAAUGUUUUAGCCAAAAGCUAAAAUAAUUGCAUUUUUGUGAAGGAAUUUUGUUAGAGAUCAGAUUCAGAAAGAUUAUCAAAGCAUACAUAGAGUUUAAAAUUAGUAAAUAACUUUUCGGCUUCAGUUUUUUUAUAAAUUGGAAAUCGCAGUAUUGCAGAUAACAUAGAAAUUCAUCAAACUCACGUUUUUUAUGCAAAUGUCUUCUCUUAAUUGGCGAGAUAACUGGAGUCGUCAAUGGUUGGGAAAGAGUUAAGGCAUAAAGUUAAGGCAUCCACGUCUAGUUUAAACACUGACAGUGUACUUGUAAACUAGAGAUGUUCCCAUACUAUUUUCUUUUCUCUUUCCUACCGAUUCAGAUACCUGGGCUCAGGGUAUUGGCCGAUACCGAGUAUCGAUCCGAUACCUGGGUGUGUAUCUGUAUUGAAGAUUUUGGUUCAAAAACGCAAUAAAUCCAUUUUGACAAAUUUCGGUAAAAACGUGUUUUCUAAGAAAGUGACAAGAUGAAAACCACUAUUGUCAGCUACAAAUUUUCACAUAGCAUAUUUACGUUAUAAAAACAUAAAAAAUUCAAAUCCAUAACUUGAUUUUCAAAGAUUUAUUAUAC